AUACUGUUUUCCAUAGUGGUUGUACCAAUUUACAUUCUCACCAACAGUUUAGUAGAGUUGAAAUAUAUUCUUCAAGAAGAAGGAACACAAUCUCCCCCAAAGGCCUAAGAAAGAACAAAGAAGUGUGGACAUGUCAAUCAGCAAGCACUUGGUUGCAUAAGGUGGACACUGAUGUGUGACCCAACCAUGAUAAUGGCUAAUAAGGGGGAAAUUCAAGGACUGAAACACUACACAACAAAGCAGGACUGAGAAUGGAAAGGUGGGAAGAGAAAGGGUGACUGAUCUGUACUUCCUCCUGUUUAUAAUGUUUGGUCAUGAUAGCAAAUGAUUUUACCUUCUAUCAAUUAUGAAGGUUUUAGUAACUUCUAAGCCCAUGUUCCAGCCCUGAUCUCUCCCAUUGACUCAAGACCAACCCAUGCCAUGUCUAAUAAACAUUUAAAGUUUAAUAGAUUUCCCCCAUCUCUAAAUCCAUUCCUUUUACUCUUUGUCUUGAUUCAGCAGAUGUCAUUUCCCCCAUCCAGGCUGUCUGGAUGUCCGGCUAAGACUCUAGGACCAUCCUUUCUUGGCUCCUUCUCUCCCAUCUUAAAACCACCCACCCACACAUCUUGCUGGCUCAACCUUUCAAAUAUCCUGAAUCUGAAAUUUCCUGAUACUCUUGGUGCCUCCUAUUGUCUAGAUUUAUGCAAAAUUCCUUGCUGAUCUUCCUUCUCUUUCUCUGUUCUUCUGCAGUCUGUUCUGGAAAGCAGAGCAAUGAUCCUAACAUGCAGGUAGAAGUGCCCUGGUGGUUUUCCGUCUGAGUCAGAAUAAACCCCAAGGCUCUUUCCUUGAUCUCCAAGGUCCGGGAGCAUCCCUAUCACUUUCUCCAUGUGAUCUUUUCUGACAUCAUGACUUAUAAAAUGCCCAGAUAUUUCUAUUUACACACUAGGAAUGCAGGCGUGGUUGUCCUUCAAACAUGCCACGUGUACUUGUCCCUCAAGAUUGUCCCUGCCUGAUGCUUUUUCACUCACUAGGAUGGUCUACCCUCAAUGUACAGAAGGCGACCUGAAUGUCUGUGUGCCCCCUCACUCAUAUGUUGAAAUCCUGUCCCCCAUGUGAAGGUCUUAGGAGGUGAGGAAUUUGGCAGGUGAUUAGGUUUUAGGGUGGAGCCCCAGGAAUGAGAUUAGUGCCUUUAUGAAAGAGACCUUUAGAGCUUCCUCAAACCUUCUCCGUCUAGGAACACAGCAAGAAGGCAGCCAUCUAAGAACCAGAAAUCAGGCACCAGAUUUGCAGGUGCCUGGACCCUGAACUUCCAGCUUCCAGAACUGUGAAAAAUAAAUUUCCAUUGCUUAUAAGCCACCUGGUCUAUAGAAUUUUUUGUAGCAUUCUGAACAGACUAAGACAAAUGGCAUUCUUCUUUACCUCCUUCAGGUUCCUGCUGAAAUGUCAGACCUAUUUCCUGAAUACUACAUAAUUGUACCCUAUGGUCAUCCCACUCUUUCUCCUGGCUGCUUCUUCAUAGGAUUUGCCAUAUGGUGUAUUAUAGCUUUAUUUAAGUUAAUAUCUUCUCUCUAUAAUAAAAGAUCAAAUAGAUCCAUGAGGGAAGGGACUUGGCUUUGUUGGUUGCUCUAUCUUUAGAACCUAAAACAAUUCUGGGCACAUAACAGAAGCUAAAGGGUAACUAGUAAAAGAAUAAAAAUAGACCACAUUCCUUCCCCUUCCAAAAAGAGGGAGUAGUGAUUGCAUCUUUAGACUCAAUCCUGAAGAAGUCAAAAAAAGAGAGGGAAAAGAAACAAAUAGUAUAAAAUAAAGCAUUAAAAAUAAGUCCACAUUAACUAAUAAUACUUAUUACAACAAUAAAUGUAAACAGAUUAAAUUCACCAGUUAAAAAAUUAGAGAUUAUCAAGUUGUAUUUUAAAGUAAUUCAGUUAUGUUCUGUUUCAAGAAAUACCUGGAAAUCACAGAACACAGGAAGAUUGCAGAAGGUAGAGCAGGCCAGUAAGAAAAAAAGAAGGUUGGUAUAUCCACAGUUAUAACAGGCAGAUUACAUCUUAAGGGAACUAUAAUACCAACCACACAAUAUUAAAAUAAGGCAAAACCCCAUAGUAUAUUAUUUAAGAACAUAUGCAUGUGCUGUAAUUGUAUAAGUAAAUGACUGACAGAUGACUCAUAUAGGUUACCUGGACCUGGGGUGGGGGAGGAGGUGGAGGUGGAGGUUGUGAUUGGGGAAGUUUAUAAACAUGGUUUCAAUUCUUUUACUCUUUUAUUAUUCUAUGCUGUGUGCUGGGUAUAUAAGUAUUUGAUAUAGUUUCAUCAUAUCUGUUUUUAACUAUGUUGAAAAUAGAUCAUAAUAAGAAAACUCUUCUCCAAAUCUAAUGACAAACAACUUUUGAUUCAACAGACUAUCCAACAGGCUAUCCUCUGAAUGAGUAGGUCAGAGAGCCUCUUGCGAAGGAAAGUGACACUGAGGGGCAAGACAGCUGAAUGAGGUUUCCAGGCAUCCUCUUAGGAAAGGCAAGGGCAUUCUUGCUUUAGUAGGGUACUUGGAUAAGAAAGUUACUUAAACUCAGUUUCAUCCUCUGGGAAUUAUGUGUGGAUAUAGCAAGGGAAUUGUGAGUAUUAAAUGAAACAAUGAUGCAGGUAAAGUACUUGGUACAUAGUAGGUGUUCAAUAAAUUGCAUCAAAAUCUUUCUGGAAAUGAAGUGGAAUAAUAAAACUAGCAAGAUAGAGGGCUUAUAUAGCUCUUACUUUCCAAACUUCGCGGCGCAAAGUCUGCCUUGCCUCACUUCCCUUACAACACCUGCUGGAGGGAACGCUGUACCCUGUUCAUCUCUGCAUUUUGUGCAUUGUGUCUGGUGCCUAAUAGACAGCAUCUGGAGAAGGUUGGAAGCAUACUGAGGUUCUUGAAAGUGAAAAUGAACAAAUCAUAUAAACACAGAAAAUGAAUGAAUCAAGUUCAGCUCUCUAGUUGGGAACUAGAGAGAUUAUAUACAAGGAUAAUAUUUAUAAUCUAGACUUAAAACAGCUCUUUUUGUUGUUGUUGGCCGGUCCACAUUUCUCAACAGCGGUAUUAAAAGCAUCCUUUUCACCUUACAAAUGUUACAAGUCUUCUGUUUAUGUCACUCAGAUGGAUAACACAAGUCAAAACUGAUGAUCUCAAGUUGAGCGAUGUAAACACAACUCCUUCCCCUUACGUCUCAUCCACGUUCAUCCAGAAGACUCAAAACAGUCCGCUUGUUUUUCUUUCCUGUUUAUUUCCUCCCUAGCAGUGGGCAGGGUGGGAGUGGGGAUUAGGGAUUUUACAAAACUCCAGAGAGCACCAGGGCCAAUCACCAAUUUCCUGGGCUUUAUUCCUGGGGGCGGGGGGAGCACUCUCCCCGACCGCCGCCCCAGGAGGGAGAGAGAUGGACGUGUUGACGGGUGGGAGGCCUGCGUGCCACUGGCCUCCCCGCCCAGCGCACACUGAGCGCGCCGGGCUUCCCUGGCCCGGGGCAGGGGCCGGUGCCGGUGCGGUGCGGUGCCGCACCAAGAGCCUGCUGCCUUCUCAGGACGCUGGCAGGUCGGCACCGAGCGGAGGCGAGCGCGCGCAGCUGAUCUCAGCGAGGAGGUGGGCGGCGACCCAUCCCUUUAGGAUCCGUCCAGUCUCUGAGCGCGCCUCAUUUUCCGGUGGGACGGGAAGGCCCCCGCAAGCGGCGCGUAUUUCAGCCCGGCGGAGCCCUCACUAAGUCCCAAUUGCAACUGGAGAGCCCCCGCCCCCCACCCCCCAGCACGACCUGCCAAUCACCGCGAGUGCGCAGACUGCGCUGGCCCGGUUGGCCAAAAACUGCGAGGGUAGAGAGGCGCCGGCAGGUUGGGAGGCGCUGGGAGCCCUCUCCAGCGACCGCACGGUGGGUGCGUCGCUGCGCGCGGGGCUGUGCCCCUAAGCGCCGAGGAAAGGCAGCGGCUCAGAGCAACAGGUGCAGCCCGAAGCCACUCCCGGGACGAGAGAAACGACCUGCAGGGGUUCGGAGCUGGUAAGGCGCAGAGAGGGUUCUCUACCCCGAGGGCUGCACGGGCAGGUCCCUCCUCCUCGGCUCUGUUGCCACUCAACGGGCGGUGGUGCUUGGGUAGGGGGAUUCCCGCCUCUUGGGACAGCUGCCCGGGUCGAGAAGGUCCAGAUUCUGCCCGCGUCCCCUCUCCGGCGGCUCCGUACAAAGAGACGGUGCCCCUAGGCACAGGCUCCCGGGCGCGUGCCCGUCAGGGAGACUCAGGCUCGGAAACUCGCGCUCUGCGUGCCAGAGCUGGGAUCUCGCGACCCCCCGGCUCCCUCCUUCCCCGGCCCGCACCUCUCCCUGCGCGCCCCGGGCGACCCCGUGGGCCAUGGAGCUGGCGGCCGGGAACCUCAGCGAGGGGAACGAGAGCUGGCCCGAACCCCCGACCUUGGAGCCCAGGCCGCUUUUUGGCAUCGGCGUCGAGAACUUCAUCACGCUGGUGGUUUUCGGCCUGAUCUUCGCACUCGGCGUGCUGGGCAACAGCCUGGUGAUCACCGUGCUGGCGCGCAGCAAGCCGGGGAAGCCGCGCAGUACCACCAACCUGUUCAUCCUCAACCUGAGCAUCGCCGACCUGGCCUACCUGCUCUUCUGCAUCCCCUUCCAGGCUACGGUGUACGCUCUGCCUACCUGGGUUCUGGGAGCCUUCAUCUGCAAGUUCAUCCACUACUUCUUCACAGUGUCCAUGCUGGUCAGUAUCUUCACCUUGGUGGCGAUGUCGGUGGACCGCUAUGUGGCCAUCGUGCACUCUCGGCGCUCCUCCUCCCUGCGGGUGUCCCGCAACGCGCUGCUGGGCGUGGGCUUUAUCUGGGCAUUGUCCAUCGCCAUGGCCUCCCCGGUGGCCUACCACCAGCGCCUCUUCCACCGUGGCGUCGGCAACCAGACCUUCUGCUGGGAGCAGUGGCCCAACCAGCACCACAAGAAGGCCUACGUGGUCCUUAACCAUCUGCAUAAAAAGUUGAAGAACAUGUCAAAGAAAUCAGAGGCAUCGAAGAAAAAGACGGCACAGACGGUUCUGGUGGUGGUCGUGGUUUUUGGGGUUUCCUGGCUGCCACACCACGUAAUCCACCUUUGGGCUGAGUUUGGGGUCUUCCCACUGACCCCCGCCUCCUUCCUCUUCAGGAUCACGGCGCACUGCCUGGCGUACAGUAACUCCUCUGUGAAUCCCAUCAUUUACGCGUUCCUCUCGGAAAAUUUCAGGAAAGCUUAUAAACAAGUAUUCAAGUGCCACAUUGGCAAGGAAUCCCCUCUUCAUGACACUAAAGAAAAUAAAAGUCGACUAGACACCCCACCAUCAACCAAUUGUACUCAUGUGUGAAAAAAGACAGACUUUUCUUAAUGUGGUAUUUCCAUACGUGGAUGAGACACACACAAAAAUGCAUUGAGGUAUUAGGCAAGGCAACAACUUAAUAGCCACUCAGAUUAUAUUAAGUAAAUUCCACUUGUGUUUAAAAAGUACUUUGAUCUAUAUGGAAAUCGCUAGGUCUAGUGGAGAUUAUUUCUAAAUUUUAUUUUAUUUCUAAUUUCUAUUCCCCACACAAAAGAGAAUGAUGUAUUUUUAUACCCCUUAAGAAGUGAAAGUUCAGGAGAAUUCCAGAGAUAUAUUCAAUUCAUCAUAGGAAUAAGGACCUAUAAAGACGGUCAGGAAUAUAUGUGACCUACAUUUUGAAGCAAAUUUAUUUAGAAAAUACGUUUAUGCUUCAGUUCUUCUAUUUUUAGAUGAAGGGUAAUGUUAUAAAGUAUGUGUUUUCAGAUAUGAUUAUGGACCCAUGAAAGUUUUCCCUAAACUUUAUUUUUGUGGCCACUUACAUAGAGACACAUCUAAUCAAUGGAAAUAAAUUUAUUUUCACUGGUCACAUUUGCUCCCAGUUGUAAAUAGUGUACAGGGCUUCUGAGAUGUGCCGUGUCCAUCUGUGAUCACGAGGUCUAUUAAGUUUAUCUCAGGAGGUCCACAGAUGUUGCAGCUGUGAUCCUGGGGUGUUAGCCAUCGAGAUGUCAAAUAAAAACUCUCCUAUGAACUUGGUUUUUGUACAGCUGAGUGAAAAAAUAUCUGGGAAAAGCAACAUCUGCAACUAUUCUAAAGUGGAAGCUGGGAAUGAGUUUCUGAGAAUGAAACUGGGCAUUAAAAUUAUAUAAAUAUAUGUACUUGGCCAAGGUAAUUUGCUAUGCUUUGAAAUAAUUCUGCCCAAAAGAGAGAACUUUAAAAAUGUCAGUGAAGAUGAUGUGUAGAAAAUAAUUCCCAUGAAUUCAGAAUUCAGUAAGUCACGUGAAGAAAGUGUACUAAAUGUUUGGUUCAGACAUGGUUUGAAGAAAACAAGUCUUGUGAAUGGAGAUACCGAGGGAUAUGUUAUCUCGGACAAACAUAUUUUUUUCAUUAAAUUGGUAAAAAUGUCUAAUGCUUUUACCCCAAAUAUAGUUCCAUCUGGAAAUGUUAAUUUGGUGUUCAAAUCAUCAUGACUUGAGUUUCAAGGGUAGUUUUGUGACAAUUUUAUAUUUAUUCAAGUUUACAACUAGAAAAGGGUAUGAAAAGACGAAAUAAUUCCAUAUUAAAAAUAGUUUUCAGACUGCAAGACUCUGAUACAUUUUAGGAUGAUACAAAAGCACACCAUUUUUUAAAAAAAAAACUUUUGUGUAAUAUGCAUCUGUGUCCAAUCGGUGGUUCAUGUGAAACAUUUAAUUUUAGAUCAAAAAACCCAACUUGAUGGAAGCCGUUGCAUGUUUACUUCUCUCGUUCAUGAAUUUAUUUUCACUAAUUGUAUUCCUCCAGCAAACAGCGUUUACAUCUGCCACGGUAUAAACACUUCUCUGGACAGGAGAAGAGCAAAUGGUCAGAGAGGAUGGGACCUCAUCAGCUUUUCCGUUUGAUGCCCAGGGAAAAAGUUCUGUAUAUGUGUGUGUAUUUUAAAGAACAGCAUAUGUCCUUUGCAUGGAAAAUUGUUUGCACUUUAUUCAGAUACAGCUGGAUAUAGCAGCAGAAACGCUUUAUCCCAUUGGUGAUACCUCAUGUGCUUUUCGAAACUUGAGCUGCCACUGGCAAUGCAAGACAGCCUCUGUGUGUGUGAACUUGCACAACUGCAGGAAGCUGUGCCUCCUGGUUGCCUCUGGGAUUGCAUGGGGGAAGGCAGUGAUUUCCUGCACCAGAGCUGUUCUCGUGUUUCCCCCUUCUGAUUCCUAUGCACAUGGAGUAUUAAAGCAAAUACAGUGGUGAAUAUUGCUAUUUUCUCAGAAGUCUUUGCCCAUUAAAUCUUGGUUCCUCCCAGAUGUUUCUGGUGGGGGCGAGACGCUGGAGGCACAGCCCUGCAGUGAUGGACUUGCCGAAUCCAGGUGUGCCGAGUGUAAAUUCAGAUCGCUUCGUUUUAUAGUUAGAGAGGAUAUUCUUUCUGCUCAGUGUCAUUUUAAUCUGUUCCUUGUGUUCAGAGCUUUGAUUGCCAGCCCCUGUCACAGACUUUGCUGGGGGUUGGUCUCCAAAGAUGUAGAAGCCUAGUAGGUGGUGAUGCUUCCUGGGUGAGGAGUUCCAGGACUUCAAUGCCACAAGGAUUUCAUUACCAGCCAGGGGUUGAGGAGGCUAUGAACUUGCCGGCCAUCUGCUUCCUGGGCUCUGCAUUCCUCCUGUGUCAUUAACGGGACCAGUUCAGAAAGAAGCACCUUCUCUUUCUUCACUGAAUAACUGAGGCCUCCCACCCCAACACCAGUCACCAGAUUCGAGGAGAGACAUCCGGUGCGCGUUUGAAGCCAGGCUGCUGGAAAGCCUUGUUUUUUAGUGAACUUCAAAGAAAACUGAUGAUUUCUCCUUAGGUUUGGCUGCCUCGGUGCCCCAAGGCAGCUGUUAUUUUUCUGGGCCGUUUGCUUUCACACAAGGAGGCAGCUCUGGAAUAUUUAAGUAGUGGGUGUGCUGGUUGUUUCAAUUUCAUAAGUAAGCACUUUGGUUUCCUGCACGCUGUGCAGGAGACUUUCUUGUCCUGUGUUCCCAGGGGUCUCUCUGCUGUAUUGGUCACAAUUGUGCUCAGUGGUAAGGGGCUGAGGCCAUUUUCUGAGUAUCUUAGGGAAAUAUUUGUGCUGUGGAUGAAUUGCUUCACUGCACACAGUGACUCAAACCAUCGUUCUCCCUCCUCCAGUGCCCCCAACCCUGUGCCUCUGUUGUCACCUUCUUCUACCAAAGUUUCCUCACUCUGACAGAUACGGCAGUGAAAUUCCUCUUUCCCCGCAGGGAUAUGGGGUCCAGUGGAGAGGAGGUGUCUGAAUUGCAUGAGUUGCACAGUGACUAUCAGCAUUUUAGACCACCUAAUCUAACUGCAUACGGAAUUUUGAAAUAAAUAUGUCAUCAGAUAAACAAGUCAUUGACAACUGCUUGACAAGUAACUUAAUAUGCAACAUUUUUUUCAGGGCUACACUUGCACUAUAUAGAAGUUCCCAGGCUAGGGGUCUUCAAAUCAGAGCUGCAGGUGACAGCCUACAGCACAGCCACAGCAAUGCCAGAUCUGAGCCGAGUUUGCAACCUACACCACAGCUUGUGGCAACAUUGGAUCCUUAACCCACUGAUACAUGCCCCAUGGUGGGCAGAAAUGCAGAUACUCUGGGAACUGGUGCUGGCGGAGAAUUAGCUGAGCCUGAUAUGAGCGUGUAUUUCAGGCUGCAUCAGUGUCUGAGCUGGUGGAGAGCAGACCUCUGGGCCCCACAAAGACAAUGGAGGCAAAUGUGGAGGGAACAGUUUGGGUCUGUGGGGUGAGGUGCCCCUGUGACCCACAGCUGAUGUAGCAAAUGAAGCCCGGGGCUUGGUCAUGACUGGAAGUAAGUAUCAGACUCUAGGAAAACAUGCAUAGAAUCCUUUCUUCUGCAUGGGAUAGAAUAAUGGGAAGGCCUUCAGAAUGUCGUGGGCUGUGCCAGAUCCCUAAAGGUUCACUGGAUUUCCAAGAAAUCACAGAGCAUCAUCUGUGUUGGCCACAGAGCCUGCUCCUUGGAGCCUGGGACAUCCAUAGGUGUCCUGCAAGACCAUUGGCUGAGGAGGAGGAGUUGGGGAAAGGGGCUGAAGGGGGAGUGGGCUCCACGUUUCUCCUCUCCAGUUCCGCCAGAGUUUUGCUUUAGUUUGCCUUCAGAUUGCAAUGUAAUGUAUCAUUGAAGAUUAAAGGUCUAUGUCAUCCAUUGUCUGGGUUGACUGUUUCUGAUGAGUCCUUCAUUCACUGUUUAUACUCAUAAAAGGACUAAUGUGUUCUUUUUCAUUCUUCCUGCUGUUUCUCAAGGUCGAUCAAUAUUUCUAUGCUUGAGAUUUUCCAAAUUUUGUCACCUUCGAGGGUUUCAUGCAUGGCCUGGGCCCAGCACCUACUAUACAUUCAUUUUUUUCUUUGGCUGGGCUGAUGUCUUUUUCCUGGUUAUCAAUACUUCUCCAUUUAACAGUGAAGUAUCAUUGCAUCAGAAAUGCACGUGUUGAAGAAAAGAAAAGAAAAUCAUGGACUUGGAGAAUAGACUUGUGGCUGUCAAGGGGAGAGGGAGGGAGUGGGAUGGAUUGGGAAUUUGGGGGUAAUAGAUGUGAACUAGUGCCUUUGAAAUGGAUAAGCAAGGAGAUCCUGCUGUAUAGCACUGGGAACUAUGUCUAGUUACUUAUAAUGGAGCAUGAUAAUGUGAGAAAAAAAUGUAUAUAUGUAUGUGUAACUGGGUCACCUUGCUGUGCAGUAGAAAAUUGACAGAACACUGUAAAGCAGCUAUAAUGGAAAAAAUAAAAAUCACUAUCAAUGAAAAAAAAAAAAGAAAUGCAAGUGUAGAAAGCAAAUCCCUUUUCUAAGAGAGUGCAAAUGACCAAUUUCUGCAGAGAAGUCGGGCAGUGGAACAGUUCACUGGCAUGUUUCAUCCUGGGGCCCUCUUUGGGGUGCUGGCUCAGCGGGGCUGCACCUAUGUGAACCGGUUUCCUGAGAAUGGCCACGGUCACUUCUGUGAGGCUAUGACUCUGGAUGGCAGGAGGACUUGUGCUGCUGGACUCUGCCUGAGGCUGCAGCGGCUCCCCUGGGCUCUCUCUGCCUGGCCGUGCUGGUCAUUUUCCCUGACCCACUCAACUGUGUAACCACAUCCACUUCUCUAAGGAGAUUCCACUGGCCCUGGGCUAGAACCUUCUGAAGAUAGAGUGUGGAUGGAAUUUUGGAACGUGUAACAGCCAUAAGUGAGAAACUCAGAAUUAGAAUAUACACAUGUGUCUUGUCAUUUGCCUGGCAUUUAGGUACCACUGGUUAAACAAGGUAUCCAUUUAGAAACAGCAAGGAUCUGAGAAAGCACAAGUGAGUGGAGGGUCAUGUUGAUUUUCAGUGGAAAUCUCCCCAUCCUGUUAGAAAGAAAGAAAAUCAGCAUAACAUGCUGUUUUGGUAUACUUUUCAGGACCACUUCACUUUGACUAUGAGAAAAUAUUGUUUAGGAUAGAGGGUAUGUCAUUUUUCUUCUAAAGAGACUGUUGCUGAUGUGUGGAUGUAGCUAAAGAAAUUGAUUUUGAUGCUGCAGCUGCAGCUUAGGGUCAGCAAACACGAGAUGAGUUUGGGGUACCCAAGGCAUUCCAGGCCCAUUUAUCUUCACAGCCUUGAGGGUUCUAUGGAGGAACUUUACCCAGAAGACGCUGAGUUAGUGAACAGGCUCCCGAGCUUGUGAUAUUUUCAAAAUAGGGCCAGCAUGGAAAAAGAAUUAAACUUAAUAUUUCAAAUCAAAUAUAGAAACAUUUAUAUGUAAUGGACCCAUAAAUAUAAUUUCCCUAUGUUGAUUUUCUAAGAGUCAGGUUUUAUUGCCAUAUACGAUGAUAACAAAGAUUUGACCAUGAGGGAUAGGCAUCCAAAGAUUGGUUGAUCAAAGCUUUUAAUUGCUCAUGUUACAUCUACCAGGUGGAGUGUGGUCGAAAAUGUAAUGGACAUUAGGAACCUUGACUCUGGUGGAAUUCCGCUGGUAAAUCGCUGUGGGAAAUAUUCUUUGGUAUCAUGCCAUAAAAGAAGAAUGUGAGAAGGAGGAAUGUGUCCCCACACUGACUCCACACUCAAAUGAGCUGGGGGGUGCAGAGGUCCUGAUAUUCUUUCUGCCCUUCCCUGGGAGCAGUGGUUCUCAGUGUUACCAGGUGUCAGGUUCAUCUGAAGAGUGUGUGAAAACUCAGCUUGCCAGACUUCACCGUCACUGUGUCUGAUGCAGUAGAUUCAGUGUGGGGCCCUCAACUGGCGUUUCUAACAAGAUCUUUGGUAGCAUUGAUGCUGCUGGUCUAGGGACCACCUUUUCAGAAUUACUCCCUAGUGUAACUGGUUUGAGGUGGAGGCCAGGCCUUGUUUUUUAAGGCCUCCAGGUUCACUGCCAUUGUCGUGAACCAUCCUGUUGAGUAGACGGCCCUUUACAAGUCUAAACCUUUGUGGUUCUGUGCAGGAAAAAAAAAAAAAAAAAAAGAAAGAAAAAAGUGCUUCUAUUUGGAUUUUUACUCUUUACAUUGAUCCAUUCAUAAAAUACCUAUUCAACUAUUACAUGACCGAAGCUGCAGAAAUUUAUGGUUUCAAGAGCAUGAAGGCGUUUGACAACUUACAUAUAUGGAUUUCGGCGGUUAUCAUAAUUGUUCCGUGGAGAGAAUAAAAUUGAUUUUAUUUUAAUAGCUUUGCUAUUAAAAAUAAGAAAAGAGAACCUAUACAUUCACUUUGUUUCUCUAAAAUAUAGAGGGGGAAACAGUAAUCAAAAUUGUUAGGUGUGAGUUUUUGAACUCAGUGUUUAAAUUAAAUGUGUGCAUGUCUUUCUGGGUGGCUGCUAGUUUUUAACUACAUUAUUAUCUCUAGGAGAUAACUGUAACUUACUCUGUGUUUAAAGUUUUUUCAAUUAUAUAUCACCUAAUAACACAGUAGUAUGGAAAAGGAUGAAAAAUCCAAGUGUAUUGUGCUUUUAUUUUACCAACGUGAUGAAUUUAAACUGCUGUGUAAAUAAUGCGGAGCUUGGAUCUUCUGCCAUCAGAUGCUGUAAUAACUCUUCUCUAAAGUUUGUUUCUCUAAAAUUUAUCUCAUCAUCUCUAAAGUUAGCAUGACUGUUAUGUAUAAACAUAACAUGAAUAAUAGUAAACUUGCAAAGCCAAACCCCCUAAAUUAAGAGUUAUGUUAAUCUACUUUGUAGCAAAUGUAAUCCUUCCAAAGCACCCUACCUCUGCGUUCUGCAUGAAAUGUAGCUGAAAUCUGUAAUUCGGAUCAGUUUUCUUGAAGUGAAAAUAAAAUUCGUUCUGGAAGUAUCCUUA